AAAUUGUUACUUCAAAUUGUUCACCCAAACAAACACAAAAAAGAAGUCUACUUCAAAUUAAAUGAGAUUUAGGGAAAAUAUGGAAUUUAUAUCGCCCAUUCGUGUAAGAAGCUAGCAAGCUUUCUUUAAUGGAAAAUGUGAGCUCCAUUUCUUCAAACGUCAUGUACAAUUAGAUGAUCCAAAUAUCUAAAUUGGAUACUGAUAUCGGACACAUAUCCCACACCCUUACCCAUAUCAUAUAUGGUGGACACGUGUCCAAUGGGGUUAAGUAGAAGAGUCCGUGUAGCACAAAAUAUUGAUUAUCCAAUAGAUCGUAGUCCUUAUUAGUUUUGUUCACCUUUCAUUCUUAUUAGGUGGAAUCCAAUCCACGAUCAUGGCACCAGUCACAUUUCCAUUGUAGACAGUCAGCGAAAUGCUGUUUCCAUGACCACUACUAUCAACUCAUACUUCGGCGCACAAUUUCUGUCUCCAAGUACAGGAAUACUUCUGAACAAUGAAAUGGAUGAUUUCUCCAUCCCUGCUAAUAGUUCUGUAGGAAAUUCACCUCCAGCACCUGCCAAUUCUGUCCAUCCAUUCAAAAGGCCAUUGUCAUCUAUGGCACCCACAAUUAUCGUCAAGGGCGCACAGCUCAAAGCUGUUAUGGGUGCAAGUGGGGGAAGCAUGAUAAUUGGUGGGACUACAGAGGUCUUCUUGAAUUAUUUUGCCAGGCGAAUGGAUCCACUUUCUUCUGUCAUGGCUCCAAGAUAUUAUCAUGAGCUAAUACCUAAUGUGCUGUAUUAUGAAAACUGGACAACUGUGAUUGGUGACCACUUUGAAGCUCCUGCAAAUAUAAGAGCAGCCCUUAAAAAAAAGGGCCAUAUCUUACAAAGCCUAGCUGGUGGAACUAUUUGUCAAUUUGUAGUUCAAGAGCUAAAGGCUUCUUCAAAGUUUGGGGAGCUUGUGGCAGUAAGCGACCCAAGAAAGGGUGGAUUUCCAGCUGGUUUCUGAAUUUUCUUGGUGGUUUUAGGGAAUCCAAAAAACUGGUUUCCUUCUAUUAUCUUUUACCUUUUUGGGUGGAUAAUUACCUACAAAUUAGUGACAUCAAUAAAUAGGUCCUUUUUCUUCUCAAUAUUUAGUUGAGUUGGUUUACUUCUAGAGACUAGAAAGCAGUUUGGAAUGUAUAGAUGUCCUUUAGCUGUUUCUUUUGGUGUAGGCUGCGUCCAUUUGAGAGGACCUCCUGUCUUCUUCUUGUUUCCUUCCUCUUUUAUCAAUAAAAUUACUUUUGUUGCUGAUAAAAAAA